AUGGAAGAAGUUAUUAAAAAAGGACGCCCAUGCGCAGAAAUAAUAUGCCCAGGCUGUCAGAAGACGACGAAGAAAGGAAAUGAAUUUGGAGAGAAAAAAAUAUGUGGAUUUUGUUAUUUUGGAGAGUCUUUUCUGAGAAAAAGUGGCAACCAGGAUAUUGACAAUUUCCUAAGAAAAUUUGCAGAAAGGAAAAGGUAUCCUUUAUUGGAAUUUAUACCGUACGAAGAGUUUUCAAGCGUUAAAAUUAUUGGGCAUGGAGAAUUUAGUCAAAUUUAUAAGGCAACUUGGAAUAAAGGGCGCCUUCGCUCCUGGAAUAGAAAAGAUGGUGAUUUUACUCGAUUUCCACCAGAAACAGUAACAUUAAAGGUUCUCAAUGAAUCUCAGGAAAUGAACUCCGAAUUUUUAAAAGAGCAACAAUUCUUAAAUCGAAUUAGUAUGCCAAUGAAACAUAAAAAGCGUUUUAUUGAUGUUUACGGAAUUUCACAAGAUCCCGUGUCUAAAAAUUAUAUUUUUGUCACAAGUUAUGCGGAUAAUGGCGAUUUGAAGAAAUAUUUACAAACUCAUUUUAAACCUUCAAAUCGACCUGAAAUAAAAGAAAUCGUGAGAAUAAUGGAAGAAUGGAAGAGCGAUUAUAAUCUACAGUUUAAAGAAGCCGAAGAAGAACGUCAGAAAAUAAUUAAAGACGGUGCCACAUUUAGGAAAGAUUGUCAUCCAGGUUCAAUACAUUAUAUACCAAUAUUAACAUGUUAUUUACCAUAUACCGUUGAUUUAGAAAUUAAUACAACGCUAUUUGAUUCGCCCGGGGUUAAAAAAACACCAGAGUAUCAAAUUAAAUUGGGUUCGGAAUGUCAACAUGAAAGUGCAUUGGCGAAUUUAGUACAAAAAAAAAUUAUUUCUAAAUGGAUACCAUACGAGGAAUUUUUGGAUAUAGAAAAAAUUGGUCAAGGUAGAUCGAGUCAAGUUUAUAAAGCGAUCAGGCAUAAGAAAGGAAAAAUUGAAUUAAAAAAAAUGGAAAAAGCAGUAGCACUGAGGAUCCUCGAUGAAUCUCGAAAUCUGGAUUCUGAAUUUUUAAAAGAG